UUAAAGGAUCUUAUCCGAACACCCGGAAAAUAAUGAACCUUGGGAACACCGCAAGUGCGGUGAUGGAUAAACUGUGCGGAUGCUGCUGUGCCAACUGGUGCGAGAGGUUACGACACACCGAUUCCGCAACAGCCAUAGUACCUCGAGUUAAAGCGCCCUCUCAGUCAGACACACGUUGGAAGAGGCUUUCCUCGGGUAGGAGGGCCACCACCUCUCCACCGAGUCCUCUGGGAUCGGCUGAACUUCUACGAGUCCAACCUGGGCUGGACCCGUACUAUAGCGACGAUGAUGCCAGCACCUCCUCAGAAGGCAGUGCCAAGGUACCAGAUGGCACAAGCCCUAUCAAACGAGCUGCCUCAAUGCGUAGGCCUCGACCUGACGAACAGUUUGCGAACCCUAACGAUGAAAGCCGAAAGCGCUCCUCGAGCAUGUCCGGAGCCAGCCCGAGUACACUCACAGUGCCUUCCCCCGUUGACUCCCGAAGGAGGCGUAGCUUCGAGAACUUUCGGAUGUGCGAUCUCGGGGAGAUUCGGCCCGAACUUUAUGUGAUGGAGGACGCGCAGACCACAUUGGACAAGACGCAGUCACCGUCAAAAGAUGAUGCCAAUGAAGAAGCCUAUGGAAUUUUAUCGUUUAGUGUGAGAUAUGAGGAGUCUACCCAAAGGUAAGAUCACCAAAGUCAUAUUCUUCUCUUGAAGAGUUUUAUUGUAUUAAGUAAUGUUGCUGUCCUUGAUCGUGGCAUAGAGGGCUUCGAGAAACGAUUAGCGGACACGUAGCUCACUAUCUCAGAUUUAGUCAAGAAAUAGGCCAAUGAUGGGGACUUAUUACGGUGUCGAGAAAUGGGGCCUGGUUCCUGAACUUUUUUUGCAGAAUCUAGGAGUUCUUAAUUUGAGUACUACAACCAUAUACUAUACAUAUGGUUCCAGGGUAUUUUCUUUAAAAGAAAAGUAUUGACAGCCCUUUGGAACAUAGCGAAUACUACUUUGUCUGACAAGCUGCACCCCCGGAAAUACUUAGCUUCACAUGGAAAUCAUGGAUCUAGUUGACCCAAUGGUAGAUUGCCUAGCGAAUGAUUAUGGUGUUUGGGGAUUCAAUUCUUCUUUUUCAGUUCCCAGAAAUUUGGACAAAGAUACAUUGUUCGUGAACAAUUUGUAUUCAUGGUUUUCAGAGCUGGGAGAGAAUGGCGUAACAUCAUACAAGUAAAACUGUUCAUGCUACAUCACUUGACAUAGCAUACGUAGAAAUCAAAUUAAAUUAAUUUAUACGAGGUGAGUUUUCAAGUUGCUUUAUCACGCUACAGAAUAAAUUUCCAACUUUUGCCUGCCUUUGUCACUAUCUUAGAUUAUCAGCCUCCUAAAAUAUAAGUCCCAUCAGACGAUGUAUUGUUAUCUGAAUCUACCAAUAUCAGUUCUAGUCAUGUAUAAUUUGAAGGUGCAACUGUAAAAUGAAAUAUUUCCCAUCCACACGAAUGAGAGAGCAAUAAUAUCUCGAGCCCACGGAAGUCCCUCUAGUUUUACGAGACUAAAUGUCAAAGCUCAAGAAAACUGUGGACUUCAACGAGCAGGAUGCCCCCAAACGCACGGCUGGGACCAUCACCAGAAAUUGAGAAAUAACCUUUGUAGCGCUUUUUAAUCUGUCAAAAAAAAAUCCCCAGUGUGCGUUUCUCAACAAAUUGACUUUUGCGUUCACAAGACAUCCUUGAUGUUGGGGUAAUCGAUCAGACGAUGGCUACAAAUCAAAGCUAAUUGAGUACAAGAUUGUUAACUGAUCUUAAAGGUUGACACUUGAAGAAGCGACCUUGCUCACUGUCAGAUUCGGGAGAACAGUCUUGAACAAAGAUGCAUGUAAUUGAUACCCUUUAAAAGAUUUUUUUGCCAUGAAAUUGGAUAAGAUAUAUAAAAGGUAAAACAGUAACUGACAAGUCAGCAACUAUACUACUUUAUUGUUACUCUGUUUUGUUCGUCCUGUAGUUACUCCUGCUACUGCGGCUGCUACUACUACAACUACUACUAUUGCUAAAAUAACAACUAUUACUACUACUACUAC